AGACACGGUUCCGCAACCAGCACAGCCUAGGUCCCAAGAGUGUGGACCUGGAGCAGUUCUUUACAGCACGCAGGUUGUUAGGCUGGGUCCGCUCUCUGGAUAGAAUGCAGGUUCCUCAGGCAGAGUUGGAGACAUGGCUAGUCCAGCGGGAACCAGGUCCUCUAAUUGGAGGAUUUCCUGACCAGCACUCUCUGAUGGACAGAGCACCUGGUGAGAUAGAGAGAGUCCAAAGUGAGCCAACUACCGAGCAAGGAGCAGUACUGGGUAGUCUCGAAGAAGAAGAGAGAAUUGAUGUUGACAGAAGUGGUGAAUUGGAAUGCCAAUCUUCUGACACUGAGCCCUUGGUGUCCUCUGUCAUGCUCCCUGAAAAUCAGCCACUGGACCUGGACCUGGAACUCCAGUGGCAGGACCUAAUGGACAUCCUCGAGCCAGAGAACACAGAUGUUGAAAUGAUGACCUCUUUAAACCACACCCCUGUCUCAAGAAGGCCUGCAACUAUUCAAGGUGAUGGAUUUGAAGCUCCACCCCAGAACUCCAACAUCAUUGGCAAUGCUGGAACAGUGUCUCGUCAUAUUAACCUUUUCACAGGGACUCCCUUGCAGCGUGAUUUGUUAGGGACUUGUGAUCAAUUGGAUCAGGAGCCAGUCCUGCUUUCUCUGACUCCUAGUGAUGAGCUGGAUGACCACAGUUUGGUGCUGAACACAGAGCUUGCUUUGGAAGACUCUAAUGUGGAUUCCUGGGUGAUUCCUUCAAACUACUCAGACCUGCAGGCGGAAAAUCCUGUAGAAAGCUUUGAUAAAGGAAUAAACACUGAAGUUAACUUGACAACCUUAGGCAUGAACCUUUUAACACAAGAUUUUAUCUCCUUCGGCUCUGACUUUUAUUCAUGUGAUUUGAAACCUCCCAGUUACAGCCAAGCUUCUGAAGGGAACAAUUUAAACCAAGACUUUAGUAUAACAUCAUCCAGUUUGUUGGUUGAGGAAGAUGCAGACAGUUUCCCCGGCCAAAUUAAUGAUCUUUUAGAGGAUGAUUGUAACAUCUUGGAAGACAUAAAUAUGUUGGAUGAAGCACUGGAGGAUGGAUUCAGUCCUGAAAUGGCAGUGAAGCUUAAAGAAGAAGGCUACCUACAUUGUGAAGGAGCCCAUCAGGGAACUGACAGAGGUUGUAACUCCAUGGAAGCUCAGAGGCUACCCAAUACACAAGAAGAUGGUCUGGUGGAGACAGAUUCUGAUUCCGGCCUGUCUUUGGACUUCAUCCACAGCCCUUCUUCUUCUAUUGCUUCCGAAGGCUCAGCAGAUGAUUCCUCUUCCUCUGUUUCAUCCUGUGUGUCAACUGUGAAAAAUCUUUUUUCUCACGAGGAGGACUGCAGCCAUGAGGCAGACUUAGCUGGAUCUGAUUUAGAAGUGGAAGUGACCAUCAAGCAAGAGGAGAUUAAAGAGGAGGAGAUGGGAGCUGUCGGAGGAGUUUUUCCUGGAAAUGGUAUACCAUUGUUACCUGCCAACCAUGUGGAUUACAAACAGUUUCAUGGCUUUUCCUGGCUGGAACAUGUAGGCCAUGAUCACACCUACAACAACGAGUGUUUUUACUCGUCGACUACUCCAGCUCAGGGGAGGAUGCUCUCAAAACAGACUAAAUCUGCCAUGAGACGUGACAAAGGCAGGCCAUACCACUGCUCCUCCUCCAGUCUGGUUUCUGGAGCUAAAAUCUGGAACCGAGAUGAACAGCGAGCUCGAGCUUUCAGGAUCCCUUUCUCCUAUGAGCACAUUGUUAACUUGCCAGUAGAAGAGUUUAAUGACCUACUGACCAGCUACCAACUUAGCAAGGAGCAGCUGACCCUCAUUAGGGACAUACGACGGCGUGGGAAGAAUAAGAUAGCUGCUCAAAACUGCAGGAAGAGGAAACAAGAUGUGCUGCUUGCCUUAGAGGAUGACUUGAAAGCACUGAGACUCUAUCAGUCACAACUGCUGCAAGAAAAACAGAAGAGCCUUAGGCAUUUGCAGAACUUGAAGAGCAGAUUUGGAAUGUUGUACCAGGAAAUCUUCUCCAUGCUGAUGGAUGACAAUGGGAAACCACUGGAUGCUAGAGAAUAUAAGAUUUGUUUUGGACCUAAUGGUUCAGUCACUGUUUCUUCGCUGAGAGCAAAUCAAAACAACAAAAAACGUAGAGAUGUGAAGAAGAGGAGAUACUGAAUGUGCUGGCUAAAACCCCUGACAGGAUAAACUUUCAACAAAGACCUGACUGAGAAACAGCAACUUUACAGAGGACCCAUCUUUCUUUUGCCUGGCAAGCCAGACUGACCUAUGCUUUGUGUAAUUCAGUGUGGUUGGCCAGGCUAAUCCUCCUCACCUCACUGAAGAAACUAAACUGGAAGGUUCUGUUCACAACCAAUGUAAACCACGGUUCCGAUCAUUUUUUUGAAUUUCUGAAGUGUUAUACUUUUCCACACUACGUCUCCGGUCAUUUUUGUAAUGACAGUAUAGAGUAUACAACUAGACCAAAACAUUGGUGUAGUUUUUUUUUUUGCCUCAUGAAAUAUCACAGAGCUAGAGCUGGGUUCUGCUGGUAAAGUUUUUGAAGUGUGGAAAAACUAAGAUCAAUUAAAAUCUGUAAUAAUGUGACAUUUGACAAUAAUUUGGCAUUUGAAUCUAACCCAGCUCAAUCUUGGGCCUAGUCCACACACACAUAGCAGGUAUUUUUUUAAACAAAUAUCUCCCCUACACCGUUUAAAAAAAUAUUACCAUACACACGGGAAGUUUUGUAGAAAUGUUUAUGCCACUGACCGUUUUUUUUUUUAAUAUACCACAAGCAUAGUGUACCACAAAACAAAAAUUUACAUCAGCCAAUCAGAAUCCUUCAAAACAACCAUGAAUUCCAGUUAGGAAUUAAUCAUGGCAGAUGGAGUGUAUCCAGUCAUCUCUGUCUCAUUUUCAACCGACUAGACAUCUAGACGUGAAAAUAGAGAUGUUUCACUUUUGUUAAUAAUUGAAAGAGGAGUGUUGAUGCUUUAUUGUUCAAUUAGAAAAAAACACAAAUGUUCUCCCGUGAUUGUUUCAACAUACCAGGACUGAAUAAUAUGAGGAGAAUCACGUCUGUUUAAUCUCCAUUCACAACAUUUACAAUAUUGCACCUUCUAAACAGGAAAACGGCUCUGUUGUCAUUUCCAGAUUUCUGACAGAAAUACAGCUUGCUCCGAUUGUCUCUCAUCUCCAGAAAUUUGGUUUUCUGCAGUCAAAACUCCACCUUUCUGAGUCCAUUCCAGCUUUCUCCUUUAUUCUUGUAAAAUGUAUUUUGUUUCUAGAUAGACCUGCAACUGCUUUUUUAUUUUAUUUUAUUAAAGAGUACCACUCAUGCAGAGUGCCUCAAGGCUCCAUUCUUGACCUCUUCCUCUUCUCUCCUUACCCCGCCCCUUUGGAGUCAGUUAUAAGAAUCAUAAGAAUCCUUUUUUAGGCAGAAGACAGUCAAUUCAAUUCAAUUUUAUUUAUAUAGCGCCAAAUCAUAAAACAUGUCAUCUCAAGGCACUUUAC